GACUGGAGGAGGUUAGAAGGUCUGGAGGAGGUUAGAAGGACUGGAGGACCUGGAUGUACUAGAUGUGAUGGUUCAGAUAGUUGUACUGGUUGUUUGGUCGUUGGUGUCACUGGUUCUACUGGUUCUACUGGUCAUGUUUGUGCCUCCUGCAGCUCUGAGGAAUGUUAAGUUGCUGCUGACAGACGAGCAACAGUUUCCUCUGAUAGCAGAACUGAACUCGGUGACAUUCAGAAACCUCCAGAGAACAUGUUUUCAACCUGACAGCUGGAGGUGAGCCCAGAAGUUCCUGCUGCAGAGAAGAAAAACCACCCAGACCUGAACAUGUACUGAUCGGCUGCAGAGGCCUGAAGACAAACAGACAUGAUCCCUUUUUCUCUCUGAGGAACUGACCAAUCAGCAGUCAGGAUGAUGCCCAAGCAGCUGGCCCAGACGUCUCCAGGAAGUGUCUUGUCUCUCAGAGGAACCAGUGUUCCCGGAUCCCCUGCUGCUGCCAUCGUGGCCCGGGUGGAGGACGGGGUCAUUGGCUACAAGGACCUGGCAGCGUUACCCAGAGACAAAGCCAUCCUGGACAUUGAGCGACCAGACCUGAUGAUCUACCAGCCCCACUACAGCUACAGCCCCCUGGAGAGGUCCUUGUCUCCUCGCUCCAUCUCUCCUCCUCCCUCCCCAGAGAACCUGUCCAAGGAGUCCAGGGAGUGGCUGGAGAGCCGAUCACCUGGAGGUUCCUCACCUGGUUCCACCAUCCGGACCAGCAGAACCCACAGCACACACACACCACCAACACCACAAACACCGAACACGCCAAACACACCCAACACACACUCCUCUGGUACGAAGAGCGCCGUGCAACACUUCCACCGGCCCGAAAACGGCUCCAACAUCUACAAGAAACCUCCCAUCUACAAACAGGAUGUGUCGUCCUCUGCCGUCCCUCAGGGGAAACACAUCGAGGAUCUGAUCAUCGAGUCCUCCAAGUUUCCAGCAGCUCAGCCUCCAGAUCCAAACCUGCCCUCCAAGAUCGAGACCGACUACUGGCCCUGCCCCCCCUCCCUGGCUGUGAUUGAGAAGGAAUUGAGGAGGAAGGACCAGAGGGAUGAAGAUGAGGAGGAGGAUGGAGAGCUGGAUGAUGAGCUGUGGGGCCUCAGAGCGCUUCAGAAACAAGAACUCAACAAGAUUCAGUCUAAUCUUGGAAAAAUCAUUCUGAAGGAGGAGCUGGAGAAAUCUGCAGCUCCUCUGAGGAGGAAAACUCGUUCUCUGCCGGACCGCAGUCAGAACACUGGGUCCAACGCCUCCAAGUCGGUGUAUUUCCCAGCAUCCUCCAGAAGUGGCCUGUCCAGGCUGCAGUCAGCAGAGUUCAGCUCCUCUGAGAAAACUCCUGCAGGUCUUCAGAAUGGAGACUCCAGGAUGGACAGAGGAAACUCUCUCCCCAGCAUGUUGGAUCAUAAGAUUUACCCAUAUGAGACGCUGGUGGUGACUCACCGAGGACGCAGUAAACUCCCUCCUGGUGUCGAUCGGACCAGACUGGAGAAACAUCUUUCUCAGGAGGAGUUCUUCAGCGUCUUUGGGAUGUCCAUCGAGGACUUCGACUGCCUCUCUUUCUGGAAGAGGAACGAGCUGAAGAAGAAGGUCUGUCUGUUCUGACGCCGCCGGGACCAAGCGUCCCACAAUCCCCUGCUCCUCCUGGACCGACCGGUGGUUCAGCGAGCGGACUCCGACCGGACGCCAGCGCCAUCGGUUUGCAGAGACGCUGAGUGGUUUUAGAGUUCUGCUGCACACAUUAGCGUCACCUGGUUUAGCUUAGAGAGAUGCAGAGCUUCAUCACCCAACAAGACCACUGAGCCAAUCAGAGGCCUGCAGGGGACGAGGUCGGAGCGCGCUCAGUGGUCUCGUUGUAUCUUCUGGGACGUGAGGUUCAUUCUUUAAAGAUGUCUGAGGGUCAAACAUCCUGAAGGUUUCCACCCAGCAGCUGUUUUUACCCUGAAACCCUCCGAAUCCUUCCUGAGCUGCAACAUUCCCGCUGAUCCAGAGUCAGUUUUCAGCUGUUAGCGUCUUUAAAAGGAUUCUUCCUAUUGGCUCAGCCAGCUAUGAUGUCACAGCGACAGCAUUUCCUUCCCAGCACCGAAGAAUAAAACAAGGAGGCGGUUUGAUCGCAGGAAACCUCAAACUUUUUAUUAUAGCUAAAAACAUGACAGGAAGCAUACAACAUGAAGUUAAACUAUAUUUACCAUCAGCUGGAAGGAUCAUCAAUAGUCAAUAUUCAUAUUAACGAUUUAUAUUAACUACAUUAACUAUUUAUGUGACCUAUUUUAUUAUAAGUUGCAGCUCUUCUGGUAAUUGUAUUUUUCAAGAAAAUAUGUCAAACAUUUAAUGAUUCCAGCUUCUCAUGUGUAAACACCUCAUUUAUUUUUAUGAAUUUCAGGUUUGGAACAUUUAUUCUAAUCAGUCAUUUAAUCAAGACAGAAUAAUGAAAAUAAUAGAGGUUUAUGCUAAUGUUAGCGACCAAAAAAACUGGUCAUCAUAUUCUGAUCUAAUGUCAGAAAAAGGUCCACAAUUGGACUAAUAUGGAUUUAUUUCAACCCUUUUGUCUAAAUCCUAAAUACAGAUUACAGUCAAAGGUGUCAACUUGAGACAGCAACCUCGCUGAUAGUUUGUCAAUAAUCAGCUGCGAUCAAACUGUCUCCUCCUUGUGUGUUCUUCCUCGUUCAGCAGAAGCCACUGCCACACACACACACACAAGAACACACACACACACACACACACUUUCACAUGUUGAUGUCUUUCUGGGGACCGUCUGUGAAAAAAUACAUCAUCAGGCCCCCCCACACCACACACACACUUUCACAUGUUGAUGUCUUUCUGGGGACCGUCUGUGAAACAUCCAUCAUCAGGCCCACACACACACACACACACACACACACACACACAGCUGACGGAUGUUUGCGAUGGCGUCCGACUCUCGGUGGUUCCGGUUCGUCCAUCAGCAGGUUGGGGGCGUCGGCCAGCGUUGCUUAGUGACCAAAUGAUGUGCAGCUAUUUUUUAACCUAUUUAGAGAAGUGGCAUGUUUGUUAUUAACUAAAAGAAAAGUGUAGAAAUCAUCUUUCAGGACAUAUAUGUUGGAUAGAAAACGAUGGACAGAGGCGACUCCUGCUGGACUUUUUGAACCAAAAGACGACAGAAGGAAUGAUGGGACAUUUUACUGAUCUUCACCACUUCAGUGUUUGUACCAAUGUUCAGUAUUAGCAUCCACCAGCAACAGUUUGAACAUUAAUCUGCACCACAACACGUGAAUAUUUAACACCUUUAGCUACUUAAACCCACACAGCCGUCGAUUCACGUCUGAACCGGAUUUACUGAUCACCUUGUGUCGAUAAAUCAUAGCUGAUCAAUACAUGCAAUAGAAAAACUUCAGUUUAUGGGAUUCAAAUUCAUUUUCAACAACUUUUCAUCGCAAUUAGUCAGUUUGAGUGAUUCAGAUUCAGACAAAAAUGGUUCAAUUUCAGUUUCUAGUGGUGCAUACUGGUUUCCAGUGAUUAGAGGAUUCUCCAACCAGCUAGAUGACUGUUGCCUCUACAUCUGACCACUAUCAGUCGUUUUCCCAAACAGGGAACAUCCUGAGAAAGUUUGACAAAGUUCUAUUAAUGAUUUCAGCGUUGAGUUUUAUCUCAGUUUUCAAUUCAGUUUUAUUUAGGAACCAAAAACCCCCUAAAACGAGUACCCUCCAGCAGAACCAGGCUCAGAUAAAGCAGCCAUCUGGUGGGGUGGGGAUGGAGGGGUAGAGACAGCCAAAUGGUCUUUUUUAAGGCGAGAGAGCUAAAGAUGUUGGUGACAAUGCUGUUGGACUGUUAUGCUCCAAGAACUGAAACUGAACUGCAGAAUGGAGGAAUUUUAUUUAUUAGACUGAAGCUAAAUUCAGCUUCAUGAUCGAAUAAAUUCAGUUUGAAUGAUUCAGAUUCGACUCACAGGAUGAACGUCUCAGUAAAUUAAUUAGAAUAAGAAGCACUGAAUCUGGAUUUAGAAAACUGAAUAUGGAAACAUACAAACAGUUGGAUUUUCAGCUAGAAUUAAACAGUUUAAAUGAAACUGGAUUCGAUUUCGCUCUAAUGAAAUCUUACAUCAUGUGAACCAAAUUCAGUCAUUACAUUUGAGAAUUUCACAUUCAGACAAAUUAUUCAGAUCAGCUUUUAUAUUUCUGCCAAUCAAGAAGUCGCUGUUCUAACUGACAGAACCGACCUUUAAAUCCGAGUUCAGCGGCUCAGAGCUGUGUGAGGUUUAAACUCAGAAUGGAUUCACUCUCACUGCAUCGAUUUAAAGAAAUGAAAACCCACCGCCUCCACGUCCACCGCCUCGUAUCUGUGGAACAACAAAAGACUAAAAACUGAAAGUGUAGACGCUGGUUGGAGGGUUCUCAGAGUGAAAGAGCAUCGGUCACUUUACGUUGAGAUGAUUUCCUGUUUUCUUUCUUUUUACUGAGGGAUGAUUCUGACGCUGCUUCCUGAUACUGAGAGCUUUGUUCUGAUUGGUUGGUGUGGUUGGAAACAGGAAGCAAGUUGCUGUGACUGACGCCAUGAUGACACAAAGAUUGUUUUUUCUUUUUGUACAUUUUGAAGUGUUUUUUUCUGUUUUUGUUGAGCUGUUUUGACUCGCAGGGCGACUUCAACACGUCUGAUUGCCUUUAACUGCUGACGUCACGGUGAUGAUGUCACAUUUUUACUCAACCUUUAUUUGAACCACGCCAGCAGUUACAGGUUUAAACCAAGUCUUUGCUCGUGUUUAUCAAACUAACCUUGAAGUGAAACUACAUAAAGCAUGUGUUUAAAUCCACCCUACCCCUCUUUCAAAACAAUCCCUCAGUGCUUCAUUAUUCUAUGCAUAAAAGUUCAUUUGAUUGAAAUCUUAAGCAGAAACCAACACGUUACGACCAACAGUUUUUGUUUUGACUGGUCUGGAUGAUGUUACAGACCUUAAUUAGAACGGUGCUAUUUGUGUAAUUUUAACCCUCCUGUUGUCCUCAUUUACAGGCACCAAAAAUAUUGUUUCCCUGUCUGAAAAAAAAUCCAAAAAUUCUGCAAAAAAUUCCCCAAAUUCCUGUAAAUUUGCGAAACCUUCAGGAAGAAAAUUCCAACAAUUCUUUAAAAGUUUUAUUUAAAAAAAAAUCCCUCAAAUUUGGGAAGAGAAUUCUUGUAAAUAUUUUCAAAAAAUGAAUAAAAAUCUUUAAAAAAAAAAAACCUAAAAUAUCUACAGUGAUUCUAUAUAUACACCCCCUGUCAAAAGUUUUGAGACAGGUUCUCAUUUAUUUGAAUGAGAAAGUGUCUCAAAACUUUUGACAAGGGGUGUAUCAGUAAAACUUCUAAUAUUUUCUUUAAGAACAUUCACAUAAAAAUCAACCAAAAUCCAGCGAAUUUCGCUGGAUUUUGGUUGAUUUUUAUGUGAAUGUUCUUAAAGAAAUAUUUUUAACAUUUCUUUUUUCCCACCAAAAAAUGUUCCAAAUAUGGACAUUAGAAGUUUCACUGUGAAAAUAGAUAUUUUCCACAUUUUCAAACUUUAAAACAUCAAUUCUGACCUGCAGGACGACACGAGGGUUAAUUCCAGAAAGAGCUGCUGUCCUUUUCGCUGGUCCAAACUGAGUUUUGUGUAUCUCUAACUGGUCAGAAUAACUUCACUGAUACCUGGAAUAAAAACUCUCCUCAGCUUUUUUUUUUUAUAACUGGCCUUAGUGAUUGUAAAUUAAAAUGCCAAAUUUAUUCUUGUUGUUGGUUUUCAGUCUGAUUGGUGCCAAAUAAAUAUGCUAAGUGUUUAAAUACAAAACAAACAGCGAUAUUUUUACUUUUACUGCUUCAGUGAAUGUGUUAUCCUGUCAGAUCAGUUCAGAGAAAGUAAAGAAAAAUUUGAUUGUUCAAGUUAUGAAUUUGUGAGUGAAAUGUAGGAUUAAAGUUUUCUCUUUUACAUUUGAAUCCACACUUCUUACUUUUUGUAGUUUGAUAAAUACGAGCCCAAAGGUCAGAGGUCAGACUGAGGUCAAACUGAGGUCAUAAUGAGGUCAUAAUGAGGUCACAGGUGGUCCCGGUUGACCUCUGUGCUUUGAAGCCGUCCUGCUGCUGUAUUUGCUGAACACUGAAUGAUUAAUAUUCUAGUUGCUGUUGUCGUUUCCACACGUUGCUGCUGUAACAGAUGAAUGGUGACGUGAUGAUUAACCAGGAGUUACAAUAAAGAACAUUUCUAUUUGCUUCAGGA